ACAUUCACCUUGCAACUGUGAGGAGUGAAAACAUCCUACAAGUUAAUGAAAACUGAAUUUGAAAAUGGAGACCUAUGAGCAAGCUGGAUCUGGAAAAAUUGCUACAGAGCUCCAAAUGACUGUGCUACAAAAUGAGGCAACGGGGGACAGUGAUGUUCAAGUGAAAGACGAACUUGAAGAGCUUAGCAACAGUUUGAAGGAAGUGAUCCAAGACCAGACUGUACAGCCUAAACUUCAGUGUUUGAUGAUGGACCCCACCUUCUCCAUGGUAACUGUUCAAAGAGAGGACAGUGGCAUCAUGUGGGAAACUGCUUUCAGUCCCUGCAUCAACCCCUGGACAUCAAGGGCCAGCAGCAGAGGUUGCGACGUUUUCUCUAGCAAAAUAGAGUGUUGUAAAAUACCCAAAUCUAGAAAUGCAGGGAAAAUAAUAUUUAUCAUGGAUGAGAUUCACACAAUUAGGAAGAAAAAGGACAAAGAACAGAUGAGCGAAAGAGAGCAUGUAGUAGCUUCUCAGAACUUGCAUGAGCUGACUGAUAGACCAGCAAUGGUGGAGGUUUCCAUGCCCAAUAUGAAAGAUGUGCAGAACACACAGGUAAAAACAAGAGAUCCAAGAGAGGAGAAACAGCAACGCUUGUUUCGUCUUGUCUGUGAGGGAUCAGAAAUACUCAACAUUGUGGUGCCACCCAAAGUGGCCACUGUUGAUGAAGAGGAGAGCAAAAAGCUGAAGGACAACCUAACCUACAUUGAAGAGUCACAUGUACAACCACUAGAUAUAGAGGGACGUGCAAGCCGUCCUGACAUGGUCAUUUCUGAGCCAGAACCACAACAAACUGAUACACAAACCCAGGAAAAGGAAUUACAAGAUAUGGCACCCAUUUUGCCUUUCAAUUUACCGCAUAAAAGGACAGUUAAUGAUACUGAUUACUUUGACAUGUUUACACUGUUGGAUGAAAAUUCUUCAGGGGGCUCUGACAAGAAAAAAGACAAGUACCAUCAACCACACACUAUGGAUAUUAAAGGUUUCAAGUCUAUUGUGGUCAAGCCAGUCAUGAAAACCAAAGUGACAACCCAGGACCAAGAGGAUACUAUAUCCUCAGGUGAAAUUGUCAGUGAGCUUCUGGAUGAAGUGUUUUAUGGUGGCACAGAGAAAUGUAACCAUUCUCAGUCAGGGGAGGGGUGCCAAGGGGACAAAGAUGAACUCUCCAAGUUUCUACAAAAGGAAAGUGGUUGUGCCUUAUUUAGUGAUGAAGACACAGUUCUCACUCCUAUCUUUCUCUCCCAAGGUCCACCAAAAAUUAUUGACCCUUCCCUACUAGAGGAGCCAAAAGCAAUGGCAUUCUUAUACACAGAUCUUUACGAGGAAGCUCUUGGAACUAAGAAGAAAGAAGAGGACACAGUCAGUAUGACCUCUGAGAAGUCCUUCCAUAGCAAAGAGUCUGAAUCAGAUUCCAACUGUUACCUUGAAAAAUUUGUUCUGAAAGAUGAGACUCCAUUAGUCGAAAUGGCUGAGGCAACAACAGGUGCUGCCAAAACAGAUGGGUUCAGGAUGUGGUCUGAAGAAAUGUUUGAGCUAGCUAAAUUAAACCAAAUUGGAAAAGAACCUGAGAACGACCCCGAAGAUGAUGUUACAGAUUUCUUUCGGAACAGCGCCAGUUCCUCCCCUUGUGAAGUUGUUGAACAACCAAAUUUAUCAUUAGAAGAAAAUGUAGACAUUAAGUGUCGUCAAGUGAUAUUUGAGGAUGAAAUUGUACAGAGACAUCGAAAAGAGAGUAAAUCUGAAGAAGCACCAGGAUCAACACAAGUAAAUCUGAACAAGCACAAGACUCAAGAAAAAAUAACUUCCCUUGAAAAAGCUCUUGAAGGGACUAAAAUGACGGAGAAACUCAUCAUUGACAAAAUAUCUCUUGAAGAUGACAUGCAUGAUAUAACUAAUACAAAAGAAUCCACUGGUAAAGAUGCUCUUGAAAGUCCCAAAACUAGCAGGGCACCUGAAAUGCCACUGACACUGGCUGAACAGCAAGCCACAAGCUUGUCACCAAGGUGCGUUCUAGGACUAAGUUCACUGGAACCUACUGAGACAGAGGAGGAUGUGAGAGAGGGGGGAGUCAAAGAGGAGUGGAUAGAGGGUGACAGGAGGGAGGUGGAAACAGCCUUCUACACAGAAGAAGAAAGAUAUCUGAGGACUCUGUCUGUGACUGGAGAGGAUACAAAUGUGCCCCCAGCCAAUGACUCUAACGAAUUUUCUUCUGACCCUGUGGCCGCAAGUUAAAUUGAGGGAGAGGAAGGGUGCUAUGUUAAACUCAAGGAAAGAGGGUUGAAAUGAGCCUAAUACUGUAAGAAAUUUAGAUGGCCACUUCUGUAAAAAUUACAUAAGAAUUGCGUGGAAGAGGCUGAAAAUCAGAGUCAGAAUAUCAGCACCCCUGGUCCAUAUAAAGUGAUAUGGACAUUAUCAGGGGUCCAGAUAGUGAAAUAAAAUUUCCAUUCCAGCUGGAAAAUGUUCCUCUCAUUUUUUUAUUUUAUUAAGAAAAUAUAAUGCCAUAUGUUUGAUUCUCACAAAAUUGUCUGUCAAAUUAAAACAUGACAAUUUAUCAAGAUAACUUGACAUUUUGACAAAUUAUACUUGACCACAUUUGUGCACUUUUCCUGAA